GCUUCACGUGACCUGUCCACGUGGGAGAAACCCGGGCGUUUGAGUUCUUCCACCAAGCAACCAUCAGUUCAUAAAUGGAAUUUUCUGAGGAGAACGUGAGCAUCCCGUUCGAGCAGAAGGAGCUGGACGGUGUGGUGACGGUGCCAGCGGACGUCCGCGCGCGACGCUGCACAGCUGUGGUGUUGACGCACGGCGCGGGGGGGGACAUGCGCGCCAAACAGCUGGAGAGCGUCGCGCGCGCCCUCGCCCGUUCAGGCGCUCUGUGUCUGAGGUUCACCUGCAGGGCGCUGAACUUUACCUACAGGAUCAGAGCUUACAGCGCCGUCGUAGAGUAUUUAAAGACCCAUGAGAGAUAUGCACCAGACAGUCUUUUCUUGGGAGGACGCUCUAUGGGUGCUCGUACCGCUGUCGCUGUGUGUAAACGUAUGUGUGACGUACAGAAGGAUGCAGUCCAAGGGGUUUUGUGUUUGUCCUUCCCGCUGAACGUACCAGGAAAACCACAAUCAUUUGCUGAGCGGAGUCGUGACCUCCAUGCACUGUCCCAGACCUCUGUGCUCUUUGUUUCUGGCACUGCAGACAACAUGUGUCAACAGAAUCUCCUACAAAUUAGUAUGCAUGCCAUGAAAAGCCCUUCUGCUGUUCACUGGGUCAAGGAUGCAGACCAUGGACUCAAAGUACGCGGCAGAACAGAAGAAUCAGUAAUGGAAGAAGUCAAUUCAAAGAUUAUUGCAUGGGUAGAACACCAAAAGUGACAUGCAUUUCUAGAAAUAAAUAAAGGUGGUUAUUACUGUCUGGAUGAAAGAAGAGGGUGAGCUCUGUACAUAGUUACCGUAUGUUAACUGUGUUACAGAUUAUGUAAGAACAAUACAGAUCAUAAUUAUAGUCAGCAUUAUUAUCAUUAAAAUUGUGUUUGAACUGAGUACUAUUUGGGAUAUUUUUACUAAACUAUAAAAAUCAUAUGUGUUGUUAUUCUUAUUGAGAGGACAUUUGCUUGCAAACUGUAUUUUCUUGUAAGCUACAGCUAUAAAAAAUAAACACUCCUGGUAAAUAA